AUGACCAAAUUUUCUCUCAACAUUUUCAGUGCUGGUCUACUGCACUCCAUUGCGCACCUAUGUGUGUUGUUAGCAGGCCUGAGUAUGUUGGGGAGAUCUAGGAAGUGGUCGAUUUAAAAUGGAGAUUUUUUUAUCAUUUAUCCAGGUGAUAGUUUUCAAGCGCUAAGCGCUAGCAAAUUUCGCUAUGUAAGGUUUUUUUAUUUUAUUUAUUUAUUUUUGCAUGUAUAGUAAAAAAAUAUAUAAAACAUUACCUAACUAGUUUGUUCCACCACUGGUUGUUAGGAUAACAAAAUGUUUUAAACGUUGAAUAUAAUUAAUUAUUUACAGGGCUUACUUGGUAGUUUUUUUUUUAAUAAAUGCAGAAAUAGAAUAGAAUAUAAAUUUUUCUUUGGCUCACCAAACAUACAAGACAGUAGACAUACAGACAACAUUCCCAAUGUAAUAAGUAAAAAUGAAACAAAAAUAAAACAGGAGUAAUAAUAAAAAAAUACAAUGUAAAAUGUCAUGAUGGAAAAUAUACUCAAAUAUCUAACAACUCAUUUGUUGUUAUUAUUACAAAUAUUUUCAUAACGUGGAGAAUUAUCUAUUUUAUGAAUCAAUUAUGUUUUAGGUAGUUGUUAGGAUAUUGCUUGUAAUGAAAUCCCUCAAAUUCAAUAAAUCCUUGUCAAAUCUAUGCUUAACAUGAAAAAUAAAUUAUAGUAAGCUAUAAUAAAAUAUAGUAAAGAUUCUAACCAAUCCAGAUGAAUAGCGUCACAUUAGCCACGCCUCUUUAAUGUAACGAGCCAAUGAUUUUAUCGCACACACUUACCUUUCGCAGACAAGCUAGGAAAGAAACCAAAUUAAAGGGUGUGUAUAUGUUUAAAUGUGCGAAAGAGCGACGUGAAUGAUUUAGAGGACAGUUUAUAUAUUAGUCAGCAAUUUCUGUAUGACCGUCCGGGAGCUAUGACUGCAGUCUUCGUGUUGUCAAGCAGCGGCCAUCUGCGGAAGUAGCCUACUGUAAUGUUUUUCUUUAACUGACCCAGUUAAGAUAAUAACGUACAUGUUAUAGAUAUAGAAGGAGUAUGCAUACUUACUGUACUAUGAAUUGAAAGGUACGACAAACUCUUAAAAUUCUUAAAAGUUAAGGAAUGCUCUUCAAAAUGACCGCACAGUAUUUGCUUUAGUCAUCGCUUGGGUCAAUGACCGAGCAUAUGCCGGUGGCCAGUAUGUUUGGGUUCGGUCGCCUUUCCGCCGAAGGUAAAGUGGGAAUCGCAUCGGGGGUUGUGUUUUUCUCCAUGCUUAUAUCCAGGACGCUAAUCUCAGAGCGGGUUAACAAAGACACGCGUGCUUUAUUAUUUCGUGUUCAGUUCUUCCUCUUCAUCAGCACCCUCCUGCUCAUUGGCUCGCUUUACAUCUGGAAGCGCGUGGUGAGACGACUGUGUAGCACCAGAGGAGCGCCUUCACUCCCGCAGAGAUGCUGGCGCAUUGUUGUCUUUCUGUUUCUCAUUCUCGUUCAUGCCAGUUACCUAAGCAUGUUUUUCCUUGUGGACACGGAACCACACUGGUUUUCAUUAGUUAGUUUCUCGUGUUUGGGUAUUUUUGUAAUCCUGCUUUUCUUCUUGGUGGUUUUUGGCUGCUUAAAUCGCAUUCGCGGGCUUCUUUCACGCAGACGAAGUGGUGAGGAUGUGGUAACAAGUGGCUCGACCAGCCAGGUAGUGUUGGCAUUAAUAGUAACUGCAAUAUUGUCAGUGUAUGGCUUGGUGAAUGCAGCACAGCCUCCCCGGGUAGUCGAGGUGGAGAUACCAAUGGAAAAACUUCCAGAGUCUUUGAAUGGACUCAAGUUGGUGCUUCUGUCAGACAUACAUCUGGGACCAACGAUAGGUCGCACCAAACUGCAGCGCAUCGUUACCAUGGUGAAUGAGCUGGAUCCAGAUGUUGUGGUCAUUGUGGGUGAUUUGACCGACUCUCAGGUAGCUCGGUUGAGGAGCGCUGCAGAACCACUGGGACAGAUGAAGGUUCGACUUGGAUCUUAUUUUGCCACAGGCAAUCAUGACUACUACACUGCUGAUGUUGAAAGCUGGUUUGAACUCAUGCGCUCAAUGGGCAUUGAACCUCUUCACAACAGCCACGCUAAAGUGUUUCGCCCGGAAAACACUCAGGACUGGAUUUGCCUUGCAGGCAUUGAUGACCUUGAGGCACGCAUGCUACGAUACCCAGGCCAUGGCAUGGAUGUUGAGAAAGCUCUUGAUGGAUGCAGUGCAGAUAGCCCGAUUAUUCUGCUCGCACAUCAACCCCAUGCUGGAAAACAGGCUCUCCAGCAAAGACCAGACAUCAGCUUGGUACUUUCAGGUCACACACAUGCUGGUCAGAUAUUCCCCCUCACCAUCCUGGCAUACCUGGCAAAUCCAUUUUUCUGCGGACUCUACCGUGUCUCUGAACAUACUAUGGUCUAUGUUACCCCUGGGACCGGUUAUUAUGGCAUUCCAAUGAGAAUUGCAAGCCAUUCAGAAAUCACAAAAAUUAUACUGAAACGUGCCUGAUAGCACUCAGUCAACACAAUGCAGGGAUAAAAUGCAUGUUUUCCCUCAUACACAUUCAUUACCUAAUUUCUGUGUAUGCUGCCACAUACAAUUUUACACACUCAAAUCUAAUUACAUAGUAAUAUAUGUCAUUUAUAAAAAAAACAUUGUAAAGCAACUCAUACAGAGAAAUUUUGAAAUAAUGCAUAACAUUUACACAUUGUACAAUGACUUAAUGAAUAAGGAAAGCGGUCUAUUUUACUAUACACAGGCCUGAUAGCUUUUUCAGUGUGGUAAUGUAUUAUAAUUUGUUUGCCAAAGCAUUUUAGUAAUUAAAGCUCAUUAUUAUGAAAAAUCUAA